CUUCUGUUUAAGUACGACAAUGUGCGUCUGCCGAACAACAAAGAGAUGGCGCUGAAGAGGUGGCAGUGUUUGGAUCGGAGGAUGAAGCACGAUCGAGCAUUAGCUGAAGCAGUGAACGCGAAAAUCGAAGACCACAUCGAGAAGGGUUACAUACGCAAGCUAACUGACGAAGAGGUUCAAGCCUACCCUAAUGUCUGGUAUCUCCCGAUGUUUCCAGUGGUAAACCCAAACAAACCCGGAAAAAUAAGGCUCGUGUGGGAUGCUGCAGCCACAACUUACGGAGUUUCUCUGAAUUCCGUGCUAUUGAAGGGUCCGGAUCUUCUAACGUCGCUGUUAUCUGUACUGAUACAGUUUCGCGAAUGCCGUAUUGCAGUAUCCGGAGAUAUCCGGGAGAUGUAUCAGCAAGUAUCAAUUCGGAAGAAGGAUCAACCGUACCAGUUAUUCUUCUAUACAAAAAGUGGAAUCAACCCGAACACGUACGUCAUACAGGUCAUGACGUUUGGAGCCUGUUGCUCGCCUAGUACUGCACAGUACAUAAAAAAUCUCCAUGCAAGGAAGUUCGAACAGAGCUAUCCUACAGCUGUUGAAGUAAUCGUGGAACGCCACUACGUCGACGAUAUGCUUCUAAGCGUCGAACAUGAGGAAGAAGCAAUAAAGCUAACGAGAGAGGUGAGGAAAAUUCAUGCAUCUGCGGGAUUCGACAUCCGAAAUUGGGCCUCCAAUUCUCCCGCGGUACUGAAGGCGCUGGACGAGUCCCCCACAGCAGUCAAAAGGCUAAGUGGUGAUGGUUCAGUUGAGAAAAUCCUCGGCAUGUGGUGGGACACUUCUACAGAUAACAUUACGUUUAAAAUUUCCGAUCGUAUAGAUGCGCUGCUCUUGUCCGGUACCCGUCGACCUACCAAACGAGAGGUCUUGCGGACUCUCAUGAUGGUUUUUGACCCGCUAGGGCUUAUCGGACAUUUUCUGAUGAUCCUCAAGACGCUUCUCCAAGAGAUAUGGCGCUCGUCAAUCGGCUGGGAUGAUUCGAUCAACGACUCGCAUUUCGAAAAGUGGUCUUCGUGGUGUGUGUCUCUCCCCGGAAUAACGACGCUUCAGAUCCCUCGCUGCUAUCGAACAAAAUCCUCUAUAGCCAAGCACAAUGACAUCCAGCUACAUACCUUUGUUGAUGCGAGUGAAACCGGCUUCGCUGCAGUUGUAUACCUGAGAUUUCAGGAAGACACCACUAUCGAAUGUGCAUUAGUUGGAUCGAAAACGAGAGUGUCACCUAUCAAAUUUCUGUCCAUUCCCCGUUCAGAGCUUCAAGCCGCCAUAAUUGGAGUCAGACUAGCAGAAACGGUGAAGCAAUCGUUAUCGAUCAAGAUAAGGCAACGAUACUUUUGGACGGAUUCGAAGGAUGUACUCUGCUGGCUGAAUUCCGACCAUCGUCGUUAUAGCCAGUUUGUGGCCUUCAGAGUCAGCGAGCUCCUCGAAUCCUCAGAUGUGCGCGAAUGGAAUUGGAUACCUAGCAAGCAAAACGUGGCGGACGAAGGAACGAAAUGGAAGACCAACCCCGACUUGUCCGCUUCUAGCCGUUGGUUCCGUGGGCCAGAAUUCCUGUGGAAAUCUACGGAACAUUGGCCUAUGUCUAAUAGUCGCAUCGGAGUAACCACUGAAGAACUACGUCCUCAUCUGUUGUUUCAUACUAAAAUUGUAGAACCUGUAAUCGAUCUCCAUCGCUUUUCCGACUGGCGGAAACUAAUUCGCUGCACGGCUCAUGUUUUUCGCUACAUAAAUAAUCUGAAAUCCUGCGUAUAUAAAAAGAAUGUAACCAACGGACCACUGCAACGUCGAGAGCUAAGCGAUUCCGAAUGCUGCCUAUUUCGUAUGGCACAAAACUACACCUACGCUGACGAAAUCACCAUUCUCUCUAGAAACCGGCUUGCAGAGAAUCCAGACAAAACCAUUCCGAGAAACAGUCCAUUAUUUCACAAAUGUGUCUUCCUCGACGAGAACGAUGUUCUAAGGGUUCGAGGUCGAACAAGAGCUUGCCAGUUUAUCGCCCGAGAUGCCGCUCAACCAAUCAUUCUACCACGCGAGCACCCAAUCACACGGCUUAUUCUUCUUGAUUUUCACAAGCGGUUCAACCACCAGAAUCACGAGACGAUUCUCAAUGAAAUACGUCAACGUUUCCACGUUCCAAGACUGAAGGGAACAUACAGGAAGGUACGCAGGGAGUGCCAAAAAUGCAAGAACGACCAAGCGUCUCCACAACCUCCCGCCAUGAGUGACCUGCCACCGUACCGUCUAGCUGCUUUCACAGGACCCUUCACGUACAUGGGGAUCGAUUAUUUCGGUCCCAUGACUGUCGUCGUUGGACGACGCUCAGAAAAAAGAUGGGGAGUGCUGGCAACAUGCCUCACAACUCGCGCUAUCCAUUUAGAACUAGCUCACACACUGACAACCGAUUCGUGUAUUCUAGCAAUACGUAACGUAAUGGCUAGGAGAGGGACACCUGCAGUUAUUUUUAGCGACCGUGGCACCAACUUCCAGGGCGCCAGUAAAGAAUUGAAAGAAGUGCUGCAAGACAUCAACCAAGAACAGCUCAUGCGGGAAUUCACAACAUCCAAUACGGAAUGGACCUUUAUACCGCCAGCUUCACCACACAUGGGCGGAGCGUGGGAGCGCUUGAUUGGCAGCGUAAAAUGCAACCUUCAUAAACUGCAGUGGAGGAAACUUCCCACGGAUGAAGUUCUUUACAGUACACUGCUAGAAAUUGAGAACAUUAUAAACUCGCGACCACUUACUGACAUCCCCAUGGACGACGAUGAAUCUCCAGUGCUGACACCAAACCACUUUUUGCUGGGGUCAUCAAAUGGACUAAAACCAUGGGUACAGUACAACGAUAACCCCAUCGUGCUCCGGAAUUCCUGGAGGCAAUCACAAGUUAUGGCCAAUGAAUUUUGGCGCCAAUGGUUAAGAGAUUAUCUCCCUGUAAUCACCCGUCGCACCAAGUGGUUCAUGAAGGUAAAACCAAUUCAAGUGAAUGAUGUGGUAGUCAUCGCAGAUCCCAAGGCCCCUCGCAAUAGUUGGCCUAUGGGACGAAUCAUCGCAACCAGAGCAGGACAGGACGGGCAAGUCAGGAGUGCCACCAUACAGACUAAUCAGGGCAUCUACGAACGUCCCGCGGUUAAACUCGCCGUACUCGACGUGGGCGUUAGGAACCAAUACGCCUCCGGAGAACCCUCUGCGCAUUCGGGGGGGAGUGUUAAUACGCCCGUCGAUUUGGCGAUCCCCUCGUACAGUACACAGUAGCAAUGUAACUGCUUACUUAUCGAUCGUCGUUCGUCGAUCGUCCAGUCUGCUUGACCAUCACGUAACAAUCGUGAUCUGUCAGUGGACGAUGAUCAGCAUUUCUUUAUCUGCGACGAGCACAAAAGAACAGAUUACUUGCAAAAAUCCUUAAGUUAUACGAUCCUGUGCCUGAUAAUAAUUUCUAAAGACUAGUGCUAGUGUUUAUAUACCUAAAUUACCUAAAAUUAUUUUUUAUAAAUACUAGGAUAAAAAAGGUAACAAUACGUUGAGUUUGCAAUCAAUUUAUCUUAAAACCUAGUGUCCUUAAAAAUAGGUUACAGCUACAACUAGGAACUAAGAAGAAAUUAUCUACAUCUAUCGCUUAUUAUACUACGCUAAACCUACAAUUUACCACAUCGGUGAGAAUCGAACAUUAAACCUAUUAUACAAUUCCUUAUACAUACAAUUUACAAACUUACAAUAUAGGGCAAAUUAGGAAUAUUGACAUAACCUUGAAUUAUUAUGUGGAAGAGAAGUUGAAUUACUAAAAGAAUUUAUAACUCGAUGUACUCUCAGUAAUAAAGUUCAUGAAUUCGGUUAAUUCUGGCGACGCCCGCGACUAUUCUUCCAA